GAGGAGGAUGAAGAAACACUGUCUGCUGCCACAGGGAGAGAUCAGAGGGGCAUCCUGAAGUGUGUCUUAAUAUAUUACUGACAAGUGCCCAUUCAUUUACAUUCUAAAGUGGAAUUUGGAGUUUGACAUGUACACUGAAUACACGGCCGGAGAAGGUUAUUUAGAUAAAUUAUACUGUUCAAAGAAAAGCGGUAGCGUUCGAAAAGAAAUUCUUCUGGAAAUGAUAAAACGUCUAAUCUGGGUCGGAAGAUUCUCUCGCGACGUAAACCGUUGCGCAUUAUUCUGGCUUCGAUGUCGAUCGGAUUUUCAAGGAAUGGACAAUCCAUGUUCAACCGUUUCAUUGUGUGGGAGGAGACAUGUAGAAACCUCUGGGUCUCUUAUAGUAAACCUGUCAGCGAGCAGGUUAUGUUCACAGAGUAAGUUACCGCAGUAACUGACCCAGUGUUUAAGUUACCUCUCUUUCUGGAACGGAUAACUCAGAGUUUCCUAACUCAGAGUAGAUCAACUCAGAGUUAAGGAUUUAUUUCAGAGUUUGUUGAACCACCUACGUGAAACGGACCCCAGGUCUACACCAAACUCUUUCUUUGAUGUAUUACAAAGACCCAGCUUCAAGAUGGGAAAGACUGAGUCUCAUCUGUGUAAGACUCAUUGUUAACCCAUCUCAAACCAACAUGAGUGAAGCACUUUUUAGCAUAUUGGGUUCUUCCCUUUAAUAGGUGGAAACCUUGUGCAAACCCACUCUCGUUAGACAGCUACCCACUACCACACUACCUUCACGUGUCACCUGUGUGCCCCAAACACCAGGUAGUACAGAUUUGCAUUCACAUUCUUAUCAUUUUCUAAUGUUCAUUCUAGUUUUAUAUAUUUUCCUGUAUUGUUAUUUUUUGUGUGGAAAAGUGUGCAGUAAAGCUGCUUUGUAUAGUAGUUCUCUGGAGUCUGUGUAUUUUCUGUUGUGCCUCAAUUUUUAGGUGUGAGGGAAAUUUUCAAAGUAGUGAUUUUACUGUCAAAGCAUGGGGAUAUGGCGCCACCUUGUGGAAUGUUUACAGUAAAAACAAAGGCCAAAUGAAAUUAUAAUCAAUACUUUUAGAAUUAUUUUCAUCAAUCGAGUAUUGGUGGGCAUUGACAGUUUAGGACGAGCAGUAGUGAGCAAGUGUAGCAGAGGAGAAGACAGGAGAGAGAGGCCAUUGUUAGUGAGUGAAGCUAAAUGCUACAGGAGUAAACAAAGCUAACAACUAAAAGAACCAUCAAAGAGAUCACCAGAGGUGAGGAGAGAUAUAGCGCUAGGUGAAAACUAGCAAAUAUAAACACAGACGUGUAGACAGAUAACAGAUGUGUUGAUUAAAUGAAGAAAAAUAAUCUAUUUCACGAGAAAGCUAACAGGACACAAACGACGUAUCAUCAUCAUCUUCUUCUUCUUCUUCUUCUUCUUCUUCUUCUUCUUCUUGUAUUUCCGGCAGUUUCGACUCUACCAGGGGUAUUACUGCCCUCCACUGGUUAGACUCUCAUAUACAGUCGUGUAUCACACAAGAACUGUGAAAGUGCUGCCACUAUCUAGUGGUGGUUUUCGUAGAGGCCAAAGAACGAUUUACAAGAAAAGGAAAUCACUGUUUCAGGGUGAUUGCACCCGCAUAGCCCUGUACUAUGUUUGCCUGUAACAGCCUGUACAAGUCAUUAUUUAAUCUACAGUGUCCCAAUCUUUAUCUGCAUAUUUUAACAGAAUCUUUUUGGUUUCGUGAUAAUAAAUGUCUUUUUAAUUUUGGGGUAAAAAGAAAAAUGUGUCUUCCCUAUUCUGUUAACUAUUCCUCUCCACACAUUCUUCACUAUUCCUCUCGACACGCUUUUUAAUUUUUGCUCAAUCAAUCAAUCUUUAUUUAUAAAGCACUUUUCAUCCACAGAAUGUAGCACAAAGUGCUGUCCAUGCUGCCCAUAGGGAUCUUCACGUCUAUUUCUCAUUUCUUGAAGAUUGCUUUUGUAAUUAAGUCUGCUUUUUUAUUUCACUGUACCCCUGCAUGUCAGGAACCCAGCAAAACUCAGGACAAGCCCUUGAUCUGCCCCCUCCUGAAUCCAUUAAUGUGGCUGCAGAAUCAGAGCAGACCAGUACUCUGGAUAAUUUAGUAUCCUCUAUCCGCCACAAGGCCCAAAGGAUUGCCAGCAGUUCUGCAAUAAAAGCAGAGCUUUAAUUAAAUUUUUUUUAAUUAAAUUCGUACCCAAGUUAGUCCACAAAUACUCUAAAUCCUUCAGUAUCACUCUCUGGAUCCAGAUAUUCACCUGUUAAGACUUCCAGAUAGGACCUUUCGUCUUUAUUGAGUAGAUGUUCUACUUUAGGGCCUAUCCCUUCACUUGAUUUUUGAUUUAGAAAGGUCAAGUUAGCAUCCACCCCAUUGCUCAUUAGCUACAACCAUCUAUAAUAAAAGCCAGCAUACAGUGGGGAAACACUGGCCUGCAGGCUCCUCAGCACUGUGCUGCUCAUCUUAUAUUUUGAGCUCAGAGCUCUCUGUCAGCUCAUUUUAUUUCCUUCAUAUAUGACACUUUACUUUGGUCUCUAUUGAUCUGGAUCUGCUUGGCUUGUAUAAAAUGUUAGCAUCUACGAAACACUGCCGUAUGGUCUCCCCCACAAUUACAACACAAAAAAAGGGAAAAAAAAUAAAUAAAUAAAUGCAUGAAUAAAUCCAAAAUAAAUAAAUAUAUGGGGAUAGGUACAUGGCCAUCAUUAUAUAAAGAGAGGUUUCAAGGAAAAACAUGUCACAGGAAUAAGAAACUUGGUAGCCUAUAUUUUUUAUUAUUAAUUGAAACCAUUGUAUUAAGGGGGGAAUUUAGCUUUAUUAGAUAUGUACAACAAGAGCAAAUACCUACAUAUCCUCUGGUAUAAUAACUUCAACUAUAUACAAUUAGGCUACACGUUUAAUUAUUUCGGUUUACUUUGUAGAACUGUUUUUCCUCUCGUUUGUUGUUUUUGCUUUUUUCGUUGGUGGAAGUUUACUUUUUAUAAUUAUCUGUGCACUGUGUGCAUGAUGAGAGAGUUUAUUCUUCUAUAUUUGCUCUGCUGAGGUUAGGUUUAGGUUUAUGUUUAGGCUAAAGUUUAUCUUUUCUAUCUUAUCUUAAGAAGGGAAAUUUAGGAGGCAAUCCCAAGAACUAAUGUUAGCGAAGACAGAAUUUUGCAUGUCAUAGAAUGACGUUUAUCACAUACCAGUCUGUUUUUUUGUGUUAUCAUAGCAACAAACAAUGUCUUUAAGGACAAGAGAGUAAACAGAAUUGAGAGCCUAAAAAAAAUGUGUCUUAUCAAAAUCUUGUAAAAACUUCCGUCACAAAGAGGUGACAGAUUGUUUUUUUAACAAAAGGCACAAAACAUGUGAACAUCUGGGAAUAAGACAACCAACUGGAUAUAGGGGAGAGUGGGGUAAGAUGAGCCAUUUUUUUCAUAUUUCUGAUCACGACAUCAAGACAAUCAUAGUUUUGUCUCUAACUAGUGCAUCUGUAUAUAUUUCAAGAUGUUGUGCAUCCCUGCAAACCAACAGAAUGAGUGUAAACAUAAUUGUCUUGAUAAUAUAUAUAUUCACCCAUGUGCUUCUAACCUUCACAGACUCCAUGAAUUGAUGCCCAUCUCCUAAAUAUUUGGUCACAUGAUCAAUUUCUUUUACCAUUUCCAAGCAACAGGGGGUGGUUCAACUUACCCCACUCUCCCACCUCUAUGUUGAGCAGACUUUUAAAAUGUAGCCUACCUCUUCAGCUUAGUAAAAGCCAAGCCCUCCUCUGAAAACUCUCUCUGUGCGGCUCUGGGGAGGGAGCGUCAUUCAGCUGUGGGCGUGGCUUCACAUGGAGCGCGCCGCACAUGAGACUGUGAACGAAGAGCAGUGGGGAGCGCACAAAAAAACGAGACAUGCACCUUUUCACUGACAUCAGAUCAUACUACUACUCUGCCAGCCGACUGUCCAAUCAGGUGGCCGCAUGCAGGCAUAGCGCUCCUGAGGCCGUCCAGUCAGCAGAUAGCAUGAGCUCUGCUCACCCUGUCUGCACUUGUGAUUGGAGGGCUGAGCUGCUGCCGAGGACGGAUUGGAAACCAGGGAGUAUGAAGAAGUUUUUGUCCGCAUCCCAUCUCUUUGCCUGUCUUUGAGCCUUGUUCGGAUGGGGGCAGCUGUUUUGAUUUAAGAACACUUCAGAAACUAAAUUCCCAAACCGAUGAUCGGUGGUUAUCAGUUUCUCGGACUUUGGGGUUUCCAAUAACCGGCAACUUCUAAUUUCCAAUCAUCAGGUUUUUUUUUUGGUUUUUUUUAAAUUCCUAAAAAUGUGGACUUUCUUGGGAAUAGCAAGCUUCACAUACCUUUACAAAAAAUCCAACACGUUUUUAACUUUGGCUUACAAAGAGCUGAUGAUAGCUGCGGUCUUAUUUCUCAGUGUCGGGCUGCUGUUCCAGGUCUUCAGGUGCUUUAAUGGCCAGAGGCUCUCAGGUUCGCAGGUCAUCCACCUGCCUCUGAGGCUCCUGUCUCGUUUACCUGUUAUCAACACUUUACUCCCCAAAACUUCAACACAGUGGAAGGAGAGAGCAGAGACCAACAGGGAGGAGGUAAAACCUUUUAUGAUUCGUCAGACUGAUUAUCCUGGGACUCUUUGUUGAGGCAUAAAACAUAUAUUGCGGGUAUAUUUUUUUAACUUCUUCAUAUGUAUGUUUGCUUCAUGUGUUCUGUCUUGUGUAGGACAAUUUUGGGCAAGACUGUUUUUUGACCCCAAAAACAACUGUCUGUAUUUGAGGAAACUUAUAGGAGCAUUUUUUAAUACCUACUUUUAAAAGGUUGAAACGUCAUACAAUAACUCUGCAUAAAUCACCUUAAACCGGGCCAAUCUCUGACUAGUAAUAUUUAAGAAAUUCAAUCUGUGGAUGAGAUUAAGUAAUAAUUUUCUAAAUUUGCACAGGCAAUUUUUUUAAGAGACAUAUUUAUUAUAAAGUAAGAAAUGUAUAAUUUCAGCAAGUGUCCUCUUCAACUACAACACAGUUCUUGCAUAAUGAGCAACUAUUGCCCUCUUUGGAAGUCCUUUUGUGUGUAUGCAUCCAUCCAUUUUAUGUUCACUUUGUUUUUGUGUGAAAAUCACGAAACUUCAGUUGUUUCUGGAGCCUUCCAAAUAAGUUCAGGUCAUCUGUAGUCGGUUAUAAUUUCUGUAAAACAAACAGCUGACAAAUCAAGUGAUAUAUAAAUGACAGGUGACAGAUUAUUGGCAACUCCCAACAACAGGAUGAUGGUGUUUAACAACUUCCUCUGCCAAUAUUGCAUUAGCAUGUAGCAUUAGCUGGAUUGUCAUGUUUUUUUUUCUAGUUAACACUGUGCCAACUUGGUUGUGUUAUUUUUCCUUUGUUAUUGUGUGACACAAAAUUUUUAGCUCAGUCCGUGGCUGCAUGCCAGCAUUAGCUGUUUUCUGACCAUGAAGCUUACAAUUUCACAAUGUGUUGUUUUGGUUUGCAAUAGUCAGGUUUCAGUUUUUCUGGUAACACUUCAUUUGAACCCACCUUUUAUAAUGCAUUAUUUGCAUUACAAAGCCUAAGAAAUACAUCUAUAAGGCUUUAUAACAAUUCUUAUGAUAACUCCAAAAACUAUUUAUAACAGCUUAUAGCAACUAAUAUAGUGGGAUUGGCUGUUAAGUAUUGAACAGCUCUGAUGCCAUACUCUUGCAAAUUUAAUCUGCAAACUGUUUCACUUUAAAAAUCAUUACAGGAAGUUAUGAAAGCUGCAGUCCUGCAGGCUGAUUCAAUCCAGGCUUUUCACUGUGUAACAUAUGAUUGUGCAUUUGCUUGAUUCCAGGGUCAGAGAACAAAGAGAGGGGUUAAAGUCGAGUCGUCUGCCUCACUAAGUGCCUCAAACGGUUGCCUUUCGAAGUCCUCAGAGCCUGAUGUGGUGAUAGUUGGGGCUGGGGUGCUGGGCUCAGCUAUGGCAGCCAUCCUAGCUCGGGACGGAAGGAAGGUGACAGUGGUUGAAAGAGACCUUAGGGAGCCUGACAGGAUAGUUGGGGAGCUACUGCAGCCUGGUGGAUAUAAAGCCCUUAAAGAACUGGGACUUGAAGGUGGGUGUUUGAGUUAGUUCACAGACAUUUCUAUAUUUUGCUUCAUUGUGAAAGUUUUUUUGGUAAAACCUCACUUCAGAAACAUUACUGUAAGCUAUUAUGAAUCCUUAUAAUCACUCAUAAAGGUUGUUAUAAAGCAUGAUAGAUGUAUUUAUAACGUAUAAAUGUGCUUAUUAUGCAUUAUCAGAGAGGGUUCAUAUAAAUAAUAAAGACUGAUGAAAGACUACCAAGAACUCUUAUGAUCAACAGUUCAUGUGACAACUACCAAAUGCAGGGGUUAUUUAGGAUAACAGGAUUGACUAUAGCCACUCUAAAAGGUGAAUGUUCAGUUUGAAUGAAUUAAUAUCCAAAGAUUAUUUCCUCUUCCAUGAACUUUAAACAUUCAAAAGCAAAUGUGUUCCACCAUGAAUGUGGGAAGUAAAACAGGAACUUUUGUUUUUGUGUUUGGCCUCAGGUUCAGUGGAGGGUCUGGAUGCUCACUUGGUCAAAGGCUAUGUGAUCCAUGACAUAGAGAGCAGCACAGAGGUGGAGAUCCCCUACCCUCAGGAGGAGGACAGCAUCCAGUGUGGACGUGCCUUCCACCACGGACGUUUCAUCAUGGGCCUCAGGAGACUCGCGCUGGCUGAGCCAAAGUGCAUACAUGUGAUAUAUAUGUUUAAAAGUAGUCCUGACAUAACAGAGUACAUAAAUAUCUUUUUUUUUUUUUAUUACAAUGUGUUGCUGACAUCUUUGUCUCUCAAACUGAAUCUGCAGUGUCACAUUCAUAGAGGGCACUGUGACCAGUUUACAAGAAGAGGAUGGUUGCAUCACAGGGCUUCAGUACAAGGAGAAAGAAACUGGAGACAUGAAGGUGAGAGGAGGAAACUCAGCUGUAACAUAUACUCUCCUGCCCAGUGUCCUCUUCACAUACAGUAAUACUUUCAGUGCAAAGUAAAUGAUCGACUGUUUCACCUUGUGUUCCUAAGGAAAUCUAUGCAGCCCUCACUGUGGUUGCUGACGGCUGUUUCUCCAAAUUCAGAAAGACUCUUAUCAGCGGGAAAGCAAAGACCUCUUCACAUUUUGUUGGAUGUCUUAUGAGGGUAAGUUCCAACCAGUUCUGUAGCCUGACACUUGAAAAAACCAAAAAAACUCAUCGGCAUGUAUUCGGAUAUAUUUAAAUUCAAUUUUAAGGAAACACAUAAAACAUUUUCAGGGAAAUUAUGACUUGCAUUUUUGUUGGAGUCAGUAUUCUUUUUUUUCCCUAUGUUUGAGUUAUCCCUGAAUUUUUUCAGGACUGUCCCCAGUUUAAAGCCAACCAUGCUGAGCUGGUGCUGGCCUACCCGAGCCCAGUGCUCAUCUACCAGAUCUCCUCCUCAGACACCAGAGUCCUUGUGGACAUCCGAGGGGAGAUGCCUCGCAACCUCCCAGACUACAUGGCAGAGAAGAUUUACCCACAGAUGCCAGGUAAGAGACAAAUGAAGAGAGCUUGAUUUUCAGAUAUCUCUAAGGUGUUUUUUUUCUGCUUACAAGUUCAAAAUCCAAACUGAUAUUUAGUUCUGUGUAUGGGUAAAUGAUAAAAGUUUGACACAUAGAAAGUUAUCCAGAAGAUUUCUAUUUGACACUGAUGCAGGUAGUAAUUUUCAUGUGCAGCCAAGAAAGCAACAGCUGAGGGGUUUGACAUUAAUAGCGCCCCCUGCUGUUCAGAGUUCAUCGUCUAGACACCUUCAUGUCAGCGUUCUCCUCAGGUGUAAGCCCACUGUGUUCUUCAUCCUUUAAACUGGGCUGCCUGUUCAUUUAUGUUUGUCCUCAGAGCAUUUAAAGGAACCAUUUAUGUCGGCCCUGCAGAAUGAGCGACUCAGGUCCAUGCCUGCCAGCUUCCUCCCUCCAUCCCCCGUCAGCAAGCCAGGUACAGAGGUGUUUUCUUUUUUUAAGGGAGAGAAACCAGGAGGAAAUUAAUGAACUGAUGGCAAAGAGUGUGACAUUUGUUUUGGGUAAAGCAUUGCAUGGAUUUGCUCAUAAGCGUAAAGUCUGGUAUACACUGUGAUUUGAAGCUGAUUCUGACCCGGUUUUGGAGACACAGAACUGCUCAGGAAGUCAGGCUGACUUUAUGCCCGGAUGGAAAUCAUUUGUCGUGCAGUGUACAGGGAGUCAUGAGUGUGGUUGAUGAAGUAUGUUAGAUAAUUUGGUUGGCUGACUGCACACUGUCGCACAAGGAUGCGGCAGCACAAGGUAUCAAACCAGUUGUUGAAAAAGCAAAACAAACAAACAAACAAACAAACAGACAGACAGACAGACAGACAGACAGACAGACAGACAAACAAACAGAACAAGUCCUUCAAACAACAAAAGAUAUUUCAUGAUACAUCUGUUAAACAUUGAAUAGGUUUUCAACUUCAUUUUUUUAGGCUUUUGUCCCUUUAUUGUAAAAGACAGGACACUGAACCGGACAUAGUGGGAAAGAGAAGAUAGAGUGCGGUGAGACAUGCAAGGAAAGAGCCACAGGCUGGAACCUGGGCUGUCCAUGAAGGAUACAGCCUCUGUAUACUGGAGCAUGCUUUGACCAUAAAACCAGAGACAGGCCACAUAAGUCCUCCAAUCCUUGUGUGAGGCUAAGCUGCUGACAGCUGUAAACAAUAUGUGCAGCCAGACGUGGAUGAUGUAUUGAUCUUCUCACAUAACUACAAGAAGUUGCAUUGGUCCCAUUAAUCUUGCACUUUGGAUACCUGUUGAAGCUGAGACAGCACAGAGCUUUGUUUGGGUAAUGACUAGUCUCAAACCUGAACUCGCAGGUGAGGUUUAAUCUGUCAAAACAUCAGGAAUAAAAAAGGGAAUCAAAAGGGAAGUAAGUCAUCUUCUGACUUUUCGGUCUAGCUGGAAUAUAACAAUACACGGGUUGAGAAAAAAGACAACUGUUUGUGUAUUUUAAAUGGGAAACAAUCAAUGUUUUUCUGCAGGUGUGCUUCUGCUGGGUGAUGCUUACAACAUGAGGCAUCCUCUUACCGGGGGAGGAAUGAGUGUUGCUCUCAAUGACAUUCGUAUCUGGAGGAAUCUGCUCAACAACAUCUCUGACCUGCACAACGACAGGGAGAUGCUGCAGGUCAGCACGGGGCAAAACCAUUUUCAUUUACAUUUACCCCGCUCUAUUAUUCCUUCCUCUGAGAGAAAUAUCAAAAAUAUGGCUUUUAAUUUCACUUUUUCAUCCUCGUUUUCAACAGGCAAAGAAAAAAUUCCACUGGGAACGCAAGUCAUCACAUUCUUUUGUGGUUAAUGUUUUAGCCCAGGCCCUGUAUGAGCUGUUUGCAGCCACUGACGGUGAGUCAACCCCCACCUCUGCCAUCUAAUCCACAUCACAGAGUGAGAACAAUCAGUCAAAAUUAAACAACGUUCUGCAUUAAAGAAGUAAAAUGAUUAAAAACCUGCAAUCUUAAACAUAUUUGAUUCUCACCGUGCUCUUUCUGUGCUGUUCUACAGAUUCUCUUCAUGAACUCAGAAACGCCUGCUUCAAGUAUUUCAAGCUAGGUGGAGAGUGCAUUGCUGGGCCUAUUGGACUACUCUCAGUGUAAGCAUUGAACACUACGCUUCACAAAAGCAUAGUAUACAGAAAAACGUGCCAAUAUGAUCCACUUGUAUUCAAAGGGAAACAGCCUGCCAUAGCAGCUGUCAGAACCUUUUAGUAUUUAAUGUGGUUGUAUUUGUGUCUCUUUGAAGCCUGCAGACCAAAACAACUGAUCAGUGCAAUACAAGUAGAAGAUCAGAUGCCAUGUCCAAGAAUAGAGCAAAAUGAAUAAGGGCCAUAUUUUAUCACAGAAACAGUGGGACACGGUUAUUAAGUUUUAUCUCACCUCAUAACUAAGACAAACCUGUAUUCACAUAUUGGACAAUCACUGUGGGGCUUGACAAAAGAAAAACUCUGUGACCAUCACUUUAAGGCCAAAUGUCUGCUUCUGCUUUUCUCCAUUGACAGUAUUACAGAUCUGCCAAGUCUCUCCAACCCCAUGCAGCAUCAUAAUUGUGCUUUUAUCACUCUGAGCUUCACUCAUCCUGUUGUUACUUCUUUAUUUUUCGAGAGCUAAUUUUCUGAUUUGGGUAUCAGGCAAAUAACUAAUCCUCGUCUUGGAUAGAUAGAUGGAAAGAUUGGUCAAUCUAUUUUUUGAAUACGUUUUAGCAACUAAACAAUUUUGUUUCUGUGCCCAGGUUGUCUCCCAAACCCAUGACCCUUAUUGGACACUUCUUUGCAGUUGCACUGUACGCAAUCUACUACAACUUCAAGUGUGAGUCCUGGAGCACCAAACCUCGGGCUUUCUUCAAGAGUGGAGCCAUCUUGUACCGUGCCUGCACAGUCAUGUUUCCACUCAUCUACUCUGAACUCCAGUACCUGGUGUACUGAGAAGAAUACAGGACAUCUGGACAGAAGGAGACCAAACAGGAAAUAUAAAUGACUUGAUCAGAAGUGCUCUCUGUUGUGCAUUUGAAUCACGGUUGCCAUAUUUGUACACUUUUCCUUGACCACAAAUUUAUUUUAAUGUUUACAGUGCUUUUUUGUGAUAAUGAUAUGAUACAAUAAAACACACCAGGGUUUAGCAGACACAUCCCACCUUAUCAAAAGGGUUAUAAUUGGGGUGACUCUAUUCUGACUACGUGGGGCAGAGUCACAGAGUCGGGUCAAGUUGAGUGUUUUUUACACGCUUCUAACUCAGUAAGUCCACGCGAAACAAACUCAAAACUUCCAUACAAAACCCCGGACAUUUGAAGGAUCUUAUGAACUCUCCCAGACAAGGCUGGACAGCCCCCCAAAAAGAGGACAUGUCUGGGUAACAGAAGACAUAUGGUUACCCUCGUAUAACUAUGUGCAGGACUAACAGGGAUGUGCAAAAUCCUGUGGCAGCGACAUUGAUACUUGAUGUAGAUCAACUGCCCUUCCCUCCUGCCCUCACCCAUCCUUCCGUUCUGUGCUGUCCUGAAUCUUUCUUAAGCUAAAAUAUUUGUCCACAAGUUAGCUUGCAGCCUAGCAACCCCCAGAGAUUCAGAUUUUACUAUUUGUGUCUAUCAAAGCACAGCUGAAAUUGACUUUAAGUGUAAAUGAAACCAGACAUAAGGGUUCAGAUGUCUUAAUUUUAUCUCUAAAGGUGCUUUUCAAACAAAAACACCAAGAGCCUUUAGUUCCAGGGACCUUUAAAUGGUCCCUGUUGCCCAUUGUAGUCUGCGUGUUCCCACUGGGGGCUUGAAAUAAUAGAGGGUUGAUGCUGGACAUCUUUGCCCAGGUCAUGGGGGACAAUGUCAAAGUGAGGGAAAGUGAAAGAUUUGUGUGUUGACUAAAGGAUGGUGUCCUAUUUGUUAUCAGAUACGAGUCUCAACUUGCUGCCAGGCCAACCUUAUCCUGUCCAGAGGUGACCAUGUCAGCAUCAAGAUGUUAAAAUUUUACUGUACUUGACAGUGUGCCUUUAGACAGUGACUCAGAGGAAAUAAAAGAAUCAAAUGGGUUAGAGUUGAGUUCAGAAUGAAAACAAGGUAAAUUUGAGUGAUUUGUCUGAUCUCCAACUACCUGAAGAAGUGUGUGUGUGUGUGUGUGUGUGUGUGUGUGUGUGUGUGUGUGUGUGUGUGUGUGUGUGUGUGUGUGUGUGUGUGUGUGUGUGUGUGUGUGGAGGGGUAGUUCAGUGAAAGAAAUAAAGCAGCCUUCCUCUCAUGUUUGUAGACCAUCGGAUGCCUUGCCAGGUCCAAAAAGCAGAGUCUGAACACAAAGAGGUGAUCGCCUUAAUUAUAAGGAAGGUAUGUACAGUAUGUAGUUAAAGGACUUGGCCCUGCUUCUCGGCAUGAUCUGUUCAAGACAAAAUGUUACGGUCCAGCCUUGCUAAACAAAACUGAAGCUAGCACCUAAGGUGAACUAAAAAAUAAACCCUCAAAAUAGAUAAAAAUUUAAAAAAGCUAUUAUAGAAACCUUUUUAAUCUUAUUUACAAAAUUGGUUGAAUGAUUGACAGUCAAGUGAUAAUGUGAAUAAAAAUGUUAGGACUGAUCGUGCACAGGCAACACAUAUUAGUGACCACUAGAUGGCGAUGACUCACAGCUGAUAAAUAUAGGCCUAGUUUAUCAGACUGUUUCCCAUAAGCUUCAAAUAGGACGAACUUGAGACUGUGCAAGUAUGUUGAAUCCCUGAAAUGACAAUAACUUAAAGGACAAUUUCAAAAUCAAACUUAAUGUCUCAGAGUAUGGCAAAAUAGAGCACAGAUGGCAUACAAAUGCUAAAGGAGUUUGGGUUUAAUGGAAUUUAAUGGAAAAGGCUUUUGAUUGGACUUUUCAGUCAUCCAAACCUUUACACUCAAAAGGACAUUGAGGUUUCUCUUAUUUCUAAUGCUACGAUAACAUGUGCAAUUCAAAUGAAGGAAAACAUGUAAAUUCUGUAGGGGAAGAGAGAACUUUAAUCUUUAUAGUGAGUUCGAGAGUUUUCCAUGAGUUUGGGGCAUUUAAAGAAAAUGCAGAUUUAUAAAGUUCAGUGUGAGAACAAGUGACUUUGUAAACCAGCUAAUCAGAAAAAAAAGAGUCCUGUAGGUUUCAUAAUUCCCACUACAAUAAGUUUGUGAUAUAAGGAGGCAGUUCACCUUUACGGGCCUUAAAAAUAUGUUUAUACCUGAACAGAAUCAGCACCACAUUACAAGAUAGUGUCAUCAGCAUAAACGUGAGCAUAACCAUUCAAAGAAUUGAUGCCGCUAAUGUGGAUAGCGAAGCGCAUGGGGCCUAGAAUUGUGGUAUGCCUUUAUCAAUAAAGAAAAACUUAAAAUUUUGCCGGAUGUAUUUUGACACACUGGUGUAUUUUAAAUUAACAGUUCUACACUUCUUCUAGUAUGCAACACCUGAACUUGAAAUUAUGUUUAACUACAAAGUGGCAGUUUAAAGACUCUUGAUGGUCCUUUUAUAAUAAUUCAAGUGCUUGUAUAAUAAAUAUUGAUUGAUUUCAAACCAUUUUGGAUUUUUUUCUCCCCCAUAUAUUAAGCAGUUGUAAACUAUCAGUACACCUAAAAACUCUAGGGCGACAAAUUAAAAUAAAUACAUAAAAAUAUUCUGUGCUCCUGAGAUUGAGAAAAAUUAAAAAACAAAAAUGGUGCAGAGUUAAAUUUGGAAAU